UUUUUUUUUUUUUUGUUUUUUUCGUAUUUCUACCAACGACUAAAAUUGAAUUGACCAAUCAAAGCCUCCGUCUUCAUCCGUCCGUCACACGCAAACCACCCACCCUUGGGGCGGUGUUCACGCGUGGGGAGGCACGCCACCUCAGCCCAAGACGCGUGAAACUCCCCCAUACCGGUUAGCCUAACAAUGGUGGGUACAGCUAGUUUUGUUAAAAAAUUUGGGGAAUUCAAUUAUGAAAGUUUCAGAAAGCAAAUCUUCAAGUUGGUGGUACAACCAUCACAUGCGUGCUGCAUCUCGUGCCAUUUUAGAGCGAAUCCCACUUGUCGAUCUUGUUCUUGAAGUUAGAGACGCUAGGAUUCCAAUGUCCUCAGAGUAUGCUCAAUUGAGAAAGUUUCCAUCUUCCUCAAAGAACAUUAUCGUACUAAACAAAAUGGAUCUUGCAAGUCGCUCAAAAACUAAGGAAUGGAUGGAAUACUUUAAGGAGCUAAAUUACAUACCUUAUGCUAUAAAUUCUCAUAACAAGGACAAUAUCAAAGAGUUUCUAAACUUUUUACAAGCAAGAAUUAGAGACAUAAGGAGUACACAUUCUAGUAACAUUCAAACAACUACAAUAAUGCUUGUUGGAAUUCCAAAUGUUGGGAAAUCGGCUUUUGCAAAUUCCCUACACCAGAUAGGAAGAAUUAGUGCCACAGAAAAAGGGAAGUUAAAACAUGCCACUGUGAGUCCACAAUCAGGGGAAACAAAAAAUAUCACAAGUUUUAAGAUUGCAAGCAAUCCUAAUAUUUAUAUCUUUGACACCCCUGGAAUUUUGCCUCCAGAGAUUCUUGAUGUUGAAAUCUCUUCUAAAUUGGCUUUAACCGGAGCUAUUGAUGACUCUUUAGUUGACCAAUCAGAUCUUGCUCAUUACUUCCUCUCAAUAUUAAACUUUAGUGAUGAAUAUAAAAAGUGGGAGAAUAUUUCCACCAUGGAUAAAAAAGAGAAUCAAAUUAUAAACGAUCAUACACAGGAUUGUGUGGUGCAAUGUGUUCGUGGAGCUCUAUUUCAAGAGAUUGCAUCUUUCAAAGGUAAAAUGAAAGAUGAGAAGGAUAUGGUACAACUCAUUGAAGCACAAUUUACAACACUUAGAAAAGCUUUCAAUGUGAGUUUAGAUUCGUUUGAAGAUGCUAAUAGCAUAGUUGCUACUAAGCUUAUUAAUUUGUAUCGAACUGGGAGACUUGGUCAUUAUACUUUAGAUACACUUCCAAGGACUUGUGAAUAGUAAUUUAUAUAGAAGAUUUGAUUAGACUUCAUAAUUAGUUCAUGGGUG